GUGUCCUUAAUGUUCCGACUAACUCAGGUGGGGCCACAUUUGUUCUCAGUGCAAGUGGAUUUAUGCACAAAUUCGAAUUAGAAUCUAAAUUUGGUGAUUUUGUUAAAGGUACUCCAUGCGCUGUUUGUAAUAAUCGAAUGCGAUUUCGUCUACAACAUUGUGCUUACUGCAAAAUCAAAGUACAUAAAAGUUGCGUUUCUCAUUCAAGACGACUUCCUUGCACAGGACCUUCCAGUGGACAAAACAAUGAAUUACACGAUUUCAAAG